AAGCCAAGAUGGCAGCACGGCUAAGGAUACGAAUGUUUCUGCGCGGUCAGGAAAAAUGUAAAGCGCAGAUGGAAACAAAUACGGACGUUAGACAUUUAUGAACGAUACUUGUGGAGUCGUUUAACAAUGUACAGUGCAGCGUGAUAUGUUCCGCAGAUCGAAUUGAAGACUGCGCCGAUUUGGAUGAUUAUUUUGUUAGCUACCCUGCUAGCAAGUGAUAGCUAACUCGUAAGCUAACGUUGUUGCAGCAGUCACUAACAUAACAUAAGCUGUACGAUUUUGAUUGGUAAUAAUACUAAAUGUGUGAGCUGUGGAUUACACAAACUGACACUUUUUUGAGAUCUUGCAACACUGUUUGCUCUCUCAGCUAUAGGUGGUUUUGAUGUACUGUUAACGUUUACUGGGUUAAUAUAUGCAUUGUUCUAAAGGAUGAUGUAUGCUGCUGCAGCAGCAGCGGGAGCCGGUGGAGGAAUUCUGUCGUCCUCAUCCUCUGUAGGCCAGGGCGUCAGGGUCAUUUCAGGAGCUGGGACCGAUUUCUCUACUUUUGGUUCAGCCAUGGAUUCUCAUCCUGCUCCUGGGGCCUCAUCAGAUUGCCGGAGCAGUUACCACCUUCUCUCAGGGCGAUCUUUGGCGGACAGUUACCGUAGGAUUUAUACCACUGCUAUCGGCGACAAAGACCAGGGAUUACAUCAAGGGAGGGGAAAGAAAACUUUGAGUAAGAAGAAAGUGAAGAAGCGUCAAAAAGUCAAGUCAAAGGCUAAAACAAGAACAAAGACAGAUGGCUUCGAUGGGGCCUUCGCUGUAUCUGAUAUAAAGCUCUACAGUAACCCUUCAGCUUUCAAUGUUUACUGCAAUGUACGGCACUGCGUGCUGGACUGGCAGCAGAGGGAGGCCUCCCUGGCCCUGGCUUCACACAGCUCUGUGCAGAGUGGUGACUCGGACAGUGAGGAAGAGGAGGAGUACCAUGAGCCACCUGUCAAACUCCCCAAGAUCAUUGGCAUUGGGCUAUGUGGCGUGUUUGAGCUGAUAAAGGAGACACGUUUUUCGCAUCCUUCUCUAUGCUUGCGGAGUUUACAGGCACUACUGGACAUGCUGCAGGGACAGCAGCCUGAGAGUUUCCAGACUGAACCACCAGAUGUCCUUGAGUCCCUUUUCCACUUACUGCUGGAAAUAACUGUGCGAAGUACUGGAAUGAAUGACCCUACAGGGCAGGCCCUGACAGCGCUGUCCUGUGCCUGUCUCUUCAGUCUGGUGGUGUCAUGGGGUGAUACAGGCAAAAUCCUUCAAGCUGUGUCCACAAUACUCACCAACAAUGGUAGUCAUGCCUGCCAAACUAUAAAGGUGCCAGCCAUCCUGAAUGCAUUACAAAGGAGUGUGCAGGCGGUUCUGGUGGGCAAGAUUCAAAUUCAGGAUUGGUUUGGAAAUGGUAUAAAACAUGCAGCACUCAUGAAUAAGUGGCUACUGAGGGAACUGAGUAUUGAUGACGAUGAGCACUGCCUGUUGCAGGCUGAUGGCUCUUUCCUCUAUUUGCUCUGCAAGGACGGUCUCUUCAAACUUGGAUCUGGAUACAGUGGCACAGUGCGGGGACAUGUGUAUAAUUCCACUUCACGCAUAAGAAACUGGAAGGAUAAGAAAUCAUGGCUGGGAUUUGCUCAGGAUUGCCUGCUGUAUUGUGAUAUGAGUAGCCACAAUGUAACUGCCAUUAGGAUCAACCCUGAAACACUGGAACAAGAGGGGACCAUCGCCAUGCCAGGUCUGAAAACCGAUGGACAGAACAUUGUGUUCACUGAUGGAGAUCAUAUCAAUCAGAUUGCUGCCUGCAAAGAUGAUGGCUUUGUGGUACGCAUUUAUGCUGCCAGCUCAGACCUGGUGUUGCAGCAAGAGCUGCAGCUAAAGCUGGCAAGGAAGUGUCUCCAUGCCUGUGGCAUCUCCCUUUUUGAUUUGGAGAAAGAACUGCACAUUAUCAGCACAGGGUUUGAUGAGGAGGCAGCACUUUUGGGAGCAGGCCGGGAAUUUGCAUUGAUGAAGACAGCCUCAGGAAAGACCUACUACACCGGAAAGUACCAGAGCCUUGGUAUCAAACAAGGUGGUCCAUCAGCUGGUAAAUGGGUGGAAUUACCAAUCACCAAAUCACCCAAGAUUGUGCAGUUUUCUGUGGGACAUGAUGGCUCACACGCCCUCUUGGUAACAGAAGAUGGUAGUGUCUUCUUCACAGGCCUGGCCAGUAAGGGGGAGGAUGGAGAGACAACCAAGAGUCGCAGGCAGCCAAAGCCUUACAAGCCCAAGAAAAUGAUGAAGUUGGAGAGCAAGAUGGCCGUUUACACAGCGUGCAACAAUGGCAGCAGCAGUAUCAUCACUAAGGAUGGCGAACUUUACAUGUUUGGGAAGGAUGCUAUCUACAGUGACAGUACCUGUCAGGUUACCGACCUGAAGGGCCAUUUUGUAACUCAGGUAGCCAUGGGCAAGGCUCACACGUGUGUUCUCACCAAGAAUGGAGAUGUAUGGACCUUUGGAGUGAACAACAAGGGACAGUGUGGGAGAGACACGGGAGCCAUGACACAGGCUGGUAAAGUGUUUGGAGUGGAGAAUAUGGCUACUGCCAUGGAUGAGGACCUGGAGGAUGAGCUAGAUGAAAAGGAGGAAAAGUCUGUGAUGUGCCAGCCAGGCAUGCACAAGUGGAAGCUCGACCAGUGCAUGGUGUGCACCGUGUGUGGAGACUGCACUGGAUAUGGAGCCAGCUGUGUCAGUAGUGGCCGGCCAGACCGUGUGCCUGGAGGCAUUUGUGGCUGUGGUUCUGGAGAGUCAGGAUGCUCAGUUUGCGGUUGUUGUAAGGCCUGUGCUAGAGAGCUGGAUGGCCAGGAGGCCAGACAAAGGGGCAUCUUUGAUGCAGUAAAGGAGAUGAUACCCUUGGACCUGCUUUUAGCUGUCCCUGUCCCUCCUUCCCCAGGUGUGAACAUUGAGGAGCACAUUCAGAUAAGGCAAGAGGAGAAGAGGCAGCGUAUUAACCGCCGACACCGGUUGGAGGAGGGCAGAGAUGGUAGCAGUGAGCGAGGAGACAAAGAUGCCAGUAAGAUCACAACUUACCCUCCUGGGGCUGUGCGCUUUGACUGUGAGCUGCGUGCUGCACAGGUCAGCUGUGGCUUUCACCACUCCGUGGUUCUAAUGGAAAAUGGGGAUGUUUACACAUUUGGCUAUGGUCAACAUGGACAGCUUGGGCAUGGAGAUGUGAACUCAAGAGGGUCUCCCACUCUAGUACAAGCUCUGCCAGGUACCAGUGCACAGGUGACUGCAGGCAGCAAUCACACAGCUGUACUACUCACAGAUGGACAAGUCUUCACUUUUGGAAGCUUCUCGAAAGGGCAACUUGGUCGGCCCAUAUUGGACAUACCAUACUGGAAUGCUAAGCCUUCUCCCAUGCCCAACAUCGGGGCCAAGUAUGGCCGUAAAGCAACAUGGAUAGGUGCCAGUGGAGAUCAGACAUUCCUUAGAAUUGAUGAGGCGCUCAUCAACUCUCAUGUUCUUUCCACCUCUGAGGUCUUUGCCAGCAAGCAUAUUAUUGGUCUGGUACCAACUUCAGCAUCAGAGCCACCUCCUUUUAAAUGUCUAUUGAUCAACAAAGUAGAUGGCAGCUGCAGAACCUUUAAUGAUUCAGAGCAAGAGGACCUGCAAGGAUUUGGACUGUGCUUAGAUCCUGUAUAUGAUGUCCUCUGGAGGUUCUUACCUGCCACACGGGAGAUGUGGUGCUACAAUGCUGUCAUUGCUGAUGCACGUGUGCCUGCGACGUCAGACAUCCAAGGGCGCUGUAGUAUCCUGAGCCCUGAGUUAGCUUUGCCCUCAGGGCCCCAUGCCACAACAACCCGCUCCCAUGGGGCCCUGCACAUUUUGGGGUGUCUUGACACAUUGGCUGCCAUGCAGGAAUUAAAAGUUGGUGUGGCCUGCUCUGAGGAGGAAACACAGUCUGUGAUGAAGGUCUAUUCCAAAGAGGACUACAGUGUAGUAAACCGCUUUGAAAGUCACGGUGGAGGCUGGGGGUACUCUGCUCAUUCAGUGGAGGCUAUCCGUUUUUGUGCAGACACAGAUAUCCUACUUGGUGGACUUGGUUUGUUUGGUGGCCGUGGAGAAUAUACUGCUAAAAUCAAGAUGUUUGAGCUUGGCCCAGAUGGGGGUGAUCAUGAGACAGAUGGCGAGUUAUUAGCUGAAACUGAUGUACUGGCCUAUGACUGUGCUGCUAGGGAGAAAUAUGCCAUGAUGUUUGAUGAGCCAGUGCUGCUGCAGCAAGGGUGGUGGUAUGUUGCAUGGGCUCGCGUGUCUGGCCCAAGUAGUGACUGUGGCUCACAUGGCCAAGCCACUAUUACUACUGAUGACAGUGUGAUGUUUCAGUUCAAGAGCUCAAAGAAGUCCAACAAUGGUACUGAUGUGAAUGCAGGCCAAAUACCUCAGUUGUUGUAUAGGUUGCCAUCUAAUGAUGGUAACACAGCAAAGGGGAAGCAGCAGACCAGUGAGCCAGUCCACAUCCUGAAACGCUCUUUUGCAAGGACUGUUUCAGUGGAGUGUUUUGAGUCCUUGCUGAGUAUCUUGCACUGGAGCUGGACGACACUUGUGUUGGGUGUGGAAGAGCUGCGUGGGCUAAAGGGCUUCCAGUACACAGCCACCCUGCUGGAUCUGGAGCGCUUGCGUUUUGUGGGGACCUGCUGCCUGCGACUGCUGCGUGUGUAUAUCUGUGAGAUAUUCCCUGUAUCAGCCACCUCAAAGGCCGUGGUAGAGGAGUCAAGCAAGCUGGCGGAAUGUGUGGGUAAGACACGCAGCUUACUGAAGAAGAUCCUGUCGGAGGGCAUGGACAACUGCUUGACCAAGUUAGAUAAUGACCCACAAGGAUACCUCAGCCAGCCUCUCAUCCUACUGGAAGCUGUACUGCAGGAAUGUCACAACACCUUCACUGCCUGUUUUCACUCUUUCUACCCCACUCCUGCUCUACAGUGGGCCUGCCUGUGUGACCUGCUUAACUGCCUGGAUCAGGAUAUCCAGGAGGCUAAUUUCCGCACCUCAAGCAGCCGUCUGCUCGCAGCAGUGAUGUCAGCAUUGUGCAAUUCUUCAGUGAAGCUGACCUCAAUUCUUCCAAUUGCUUAUGAUGGCGAGGUACUACUUCGCUCUCUGGUCAAGCAGGUGAGCACAGAGAAUGACUCAGCUCUUGCUCACCGUUUCCCACUGCUGGUGUCACAUAUGGAGAAGCUCAGCCAUAAUGAAGAGAACUUAAUGGGUAUGACAAGUUUCCGUGAGGUUCUUGAAAAAAUGUUAGUGAUUGUGGUGCUGCCAGUAAGGAAGAGCCUGAGGAAAGAGGUGGAGCUCUUCUCCCCGCACUUGGUGUCCAAUACCUGUGGAUUGCUGGCCAGCAUCGUCAGUGAGCUUACUGCCUCAGCUCUUGGCUCCGAGAUGGACGGGCUGAACUCUCUGCACUCUGUGAAGUCCUCACCCAGCCGCUUCACUAAAAUGAGCCAGGGCCGCAGCUGGAACACAGGCAAUGGUUCACCUGAUGCCAUCUGUUUUAGUGUUGACAAACAAGGGGUGGUACUGGUGGGAUUCUGUGUCUACGGUGGAGGUGGUAUUCAUGAGUACGAGUUGGAGGUGCUUGCUGAUGAUGCCCAGACAGAACACCCAGGAGAUUCUGCCCACUCCCAUAGAUGGACAUCCCUGGAGCUGGUCAAAGGCACUUAUAGCACAGAUGAUUCUCCUAGUGACAUUGCUGAGAUUAGGCUUGAUAAAGCCAUUCCCCUCAAGGAGGGUGUGAAAUAUGCUGUCCGCCUGCGAAACUACGGCAGUCGCACUGCUAAUGGUGAUGGUGGAAUGACCACAGUGCAGUGUUCCGAUGGAGUUGCUUUCACCUUCAGCACCUGCAGUUUGAGCAGUAAUGGCACCAACCAAACACGAGGACAAAUCCCUCAGAUCCUCUACUACAGAAGUGAAUAUGAUGGUGACCUGCAGUCUCAGAUGUUGAGUAAAGCCAAUGAAGAGGAUAAGAAUUGCAGUCGAGCUUUGUCUGUGGUUAGUGCAGUGGUCAGAGCAGCAAAAGAUCUUCUUCACAGAGCAUUUGCAGUAGAUGCAGAGGACAUCCCAGACCUCCUGAGCUCUUCCAGUUUGUUUUCCAUGCUUCUUCCCCUCAUUUUAGCCUAUAUUGGCCCGGUUGCUGCUUCUGUUCCAAAGGCUGCAGUUGAGGUCUUUGGACUGGUUCAAGAGUUGCUUCCAGCAGUUUCUGCUUUGAACCAGAAGUAUGCCCCACCAAUGUUCAACCCUAACCAGUCAACAGACAGCACCACGGGCAAUCAGCCGGAUCAGGGCCUGUCAGCAUGUACUACGUCCAAUCACUAUGCUGUCAUUGAGAGUGAUCAUCCCUACAAGCAGGCCAGUGUCACUCAGUACAAGGUGUCCUUCCCAGACUGUGUGAGAUGGACAACAAUUGAGUUUGACCCUCAGUGUGGUACAGCUCAACCAGAGGAUGUGUUACGACUGUUCAUCCCAUGCCGUUCAUUUCAUUUGUCUAGUCUUUCCUCAAAACCACUUAUUCAAGAAGCGAUCAACUCUUGGACUGAGCUGAAAAGGUUUUGUGGCUCCACUGGCUGGCCGACCUCAGUUUUGGUUUUACCAGGAAAUGAGGUCCUUUUUUCCCUGGAGACUGCCUCAGAUUAUGUGAAAGACGAGAAGGCCUGCUUUUAUGGCUUUAAGUGCAUGGCAGUGGGUUAUGAGUUCAAUCCUGCCCCUGAUGAGGGCAUUAUUCAGCUUGAGAAGGAGCUAGCAUACUUGGGUAGUGUGUGUGCUGCAGCCCUCAUGAAGAAAGAUCUUGCUCUGUCCACAGGGAAUGAUCUUGAGGAUGAUCUUGAGAUACUUGAAGAGGCCUCUCUUCAGGUGUGUAAGGCCCACUCUGGAAUCCUAGGCAAGGGACUGGCUCUUACUCACUCCCCCACUAUCCUGGAAGCUCUGGAGGGAAACCUGCCUUUACACCUACAGACCAAUGAGCAUUCUUUCUUGGAGGACUUCAUUACGUGUGUCCCAAAUUCCAGUGGAGGCCGACUGGCCAGAUGGCUUCAGCCAGACUCCUACGCAGAUCCACAGAAAACCGCUCUCAUCCUGAACAAGGAUGACAUCCGUUGUGGCUGGCCCACCACGGUGGCAGUGCAGACCAAAGAUCAGUAUGGAGAUGUGGUGCAUGUGCCCAACAUGAAGGUGGAAGUAAAGGCAGUUCCUGUGUCUCAGAAAAAACCUCUUCAGCAGGAGAACAUGAGCAAGUUUCAGCGACUGCCUGGUUCCACCCCUGCAUCUUCCAUUUCCUCCUCCCCCUCUGCCUCUUCCAGGUCUGGGACAGACCUCACCUUUGGAGGGCUUCCUCUCCCCAAGCUGGAGGCCACCUAUGAACCAAUGAUAAUUAAAGAGGCACGUUAUAUCGCCAUCACCAUGAUGAAGGCUUAUGAAAACUACUCUUUUGAGGAGCUUCGCUUUGCCUCACCUACGCCUAAGAGGCCAAGUGAGAACAUGCUGAUCAGAGCCAACACAGAUGGGACCUACAGUGCCAACUGGACCCCUGGAGCCGUUGGUCUUUACACUAUCCAUGUGACAAUAGAUGGCAUAGAGACAGAUGCAGGGCUUGAAGUAGAAGUGAAGGACCCACCCAAAGGCAUGAUUCCUCCAGGGAUACAGAUGGUGAAACCAAAGCUAGAGCCACAACCAAGCAAGGUCCGCAAGUUUGUAGCUAAGGACAGUUCAGGCUUGCGUGUGCGUAGCCACCCAUCUCUGCAGAGUGAGCAGAUAGGCCUAGUCCAUGUCAAUGGCACCAUCACUUUCAUUGAUGAGAUCCACAAUGAUGAUGGUGUAUGGCUCAGGCUGAAUGAAGAGACAGUAAAGAAGUAUGUUCCCAACAUGAAUGGGUACUCUGAAGCUUGGUGCCUGUCUUUUAAUCAGCAUUUGGGCCGGAGUCUUCUUGUAUCUGUGAACGAGACCAGAAUGCACGCCGAUGAAUUUGUUAAGGAGGCCAGUGGCCAUCCCUGCCUGGAGGCCACAAUUCAAGAGCAGAACGGGGUGGGCCUGGGUGGUGGACCUGGCUUUUAUAAGGUAGUGAAGACGGGACCCUCAGGUCACAACAUCAGAAGCUGCCCAAACCUUAGGGGUAUCCCCAUUGGAAUGUUAGUUCUGGGGAACAAAGUCAAGGCAGUAGGCGAGGUGGUGAACCCUGAAGGCACGUGGGUCCAGCUUGAUAAGAACAGUGUUAUAGAGUUCUGUGAGAAUGACGAAGGGGAAGCCUGGUCGCUUGCUCAGGACAGAGGAGGCAAUCAAUAUCUCCGUAAUGAAGAAGCAGAGCAAGUCAUGCUUGACCAUGGAACACAUACACCUCCACCUAGUCCCUUCUCAGUCCAGACUUUUAAUAGAUCUACAGGAUAUAGUGGGGCUCAGGGUUUUGACUAUGGCAUCUCCAGCAGCAAAGGUUACCGCCUGAGUGCCAUAUUGAAUUCUAUUCAGUCUGGACCUAUCCUCCCUGCUCCCUCUUCAGUUGAACAAGCUGCCAAACCUUCCUCCUCUUCCCUUGUCACCAGUCCAUUUGUGUUUGGACAGUCCCUUACCCAGCAGCCACAACCACAGAUUCUGAGUGACCGGGGGAACCUGACUGUCUGCCCUAUUUCACCAGCGGGGAAACUGCGACAAGAGAGCUCCACUAAAUCUGACAGCCAGGGACGGAAUUUGGCUAACCACACAAAAGUCAAGAAUGACAGCAUGUCAGCCAGUGAGGCCCUGAUAUUGAAGUCAGACACUGCAAAGCUGAAGUCAGACUGCCAUAGCCGUUCACACUCACCAAACCAUAACACUCUGCAGGCCCUCAAGGCUGAUGAGAGGACUUCAAGCCACCGGGCUGAAUCACCCAAUCCGGGCUCCCGGUCCUCCUCCCCUAAACAAAAGGGCUUCAACUCCGGUAGAUCAAGCCCAUCCUGCACCAACACUUCCCGCUCCAUUUCUCCCCAUGAGAAGAAUCCUCCUCUGAAAGGUAGUGCGUGUUCAAAGGCUCGGCUGGACCCUCCCCGUGAAAGGUCCAAGUCUGACUCUUACACUUUAGAUCCUGAUACCCUUAGGAAGAAGAAAGUUCCAUUGACCGAGCCUCUAAGAGGAAGGUCCACCUCACCCAAGCCAAAAAUCUCUCCUAAAGAUAGUGGCAAGGGUAGGAGCAAUGUGGAGAACCGCACUCCGUCACCCCACGUUGUUCAGGAGAACCUUCACAGUGAGGUAGUGGAGGUUUGCACCUCUGGCACCUUGCUGUCUACUGAUGAAACAAAUGAUGAAAAUGCUGAGCUGCGGAGUGCUGAGGAGGGUUCCUGCAAGGUGCAUUUCAGCAUUGGGAAGGCUCCUGUGAAAGAAGAGCUGGAGAGCCGAUCUUCUCCUAAAGUUAGCCGUAAAACCUCAAGCCGACACUUGCGCCCUAAAAAGGACAAAUCAGGGCCUCUCUUUAAAGGAGAGACUUUGCGCCAAGAGCCAGCCAAGCAGGCCAUGUCACCCUCAGUGGCAGAGUGUGCUCGUGCUGUUUUUGCUGCUUUCUUGUGGCAUGAAGGUAUUGUCCAUGAUGCCAUGGCCUGUUCCUCCUUUCUUAAGUUUAACCCGGACUUGAACAAGGAGCAUGCUCCCAUUCGUAGUUCCCUUACUUGCCAAAAAGGUAUAGAUGUGAAGGAAAACAAACUUAAGAAUAGGCACUCUCUGGAAAUCUCCUCUGCCCUCAACAUGUUUAAUAUCUCCCCUCAUGGGCCUGACAUCUCGAAGAUGGGUAGCAUCAAUAAGAAUAAAGUGCUUUCCAUGCUCAAAGAGCCACCACUGCCUGAGAAGUGUGAAGAUGGUAAGGGAGAGCAUAUGUCCUAUGAGAUGACCAGUCACACUUCCAUGAGGUCAAAGUCCAUCUUGCCUCUCACUCUGCAGCAUCUUGUGGCAUUCUGGGAGGACAUCUCUAUGGCUACCAUUAAAGCUGCCACCCAGAAUAUGAUCUUCCCCAGUCCAGGCUCCAGUGCUAUCCUGAAGAAAAAGGAGAAUGAAAAGGACAGUAGAAAAUCUAAAAAGGAAAAAAAAAAGAAAGAGAAGGUAGAGGUGCGUCCAAGGGGAAACUUGUUUGGGGAGAUGGCUCAACUUGCCAUGGGAGGCCCAGAGAAGGACACCAUCUGUGAACUGUGUGGAGAAUCUCAUCCCUAUCCAGUCACCUAUCACAUGAGACAAGCCCAUCCAGGUUGUGGUCGUUAUGCUGGAGGCCAAGGUUAUAACAGUAUUGGCCAUUUCUGUGGUGGUUGGGCUGGUAAUUGUGGAGACGGAGGCAUUGGUGGGAGCACCUGGUACCUUGUGUGUGAUCGCUGUAGAGAGAAGUACCUUAGAGAGAAGCAGACAGCUGCCCGAGAAAAGGUGAAGCAGUCCAGGAAGAAACCUCUGCAGGUGAAGACCCCACGAGCUUUGCCCACCAUGGAAGCUCACCAAGUGAUCCGUGCCAAUGCCCUCUUCCUACUGUCUCUGAGCAGUGCAGCAGAACCCAGUCUGCUGUGCCAUUAUCCACCAAAGCCCUUCCAUGGACAGUUGCCCAGCCUUAAGGAGGGCAUUUCUGAGGAUAUGCCUAACAAAAUUGGCUGCCUCUACUUGCAGACCCUGGCACGGCAACAUACUGAAAACUUUGGGUCCUAUCAGGAUGACAGCUUGUUCCAAGAUGAGUUACGGUACCUGAGGUCCACUUCAGUCCCUGCACCUUAUAUUUCAGUGACACCUGAUGCUUGUCCUAAUGUGUUUGAGGAGCCAGAGACCAACAUGAAGUCAAUGCCCCCUAGCUUAGAGACCAGUCCCAUCACUGACAGUGACACAGCCAAGAGGACAGUGUUCCAGCGCUCCUACUCUGUGGUGGCCUCUGAGUACGACAAGCAACACUCUUCCCCAGCUAGAGUAAAAGCUGUACCAAGACGCAGGGUUCACAGUGGGGAUGCAGAAGUGGGUUCCUCUCUCUUGCGUCAUCCUUCUCCGGAGCUCUCUCGGCUGAUCUCAGCCCACGGCUCUCUUAGCAAGGGUGAACGCAAUUUCCAGUGGCCUGUGCUAGCCUUUGUCAUCCAGCACCAUGACUUGGAGGGCCUUGAAGUUGCAAUGAAGCAUGCACUACGCAAGUCAGCUUGUCGCGUUUUUGCCAUGGAGGCAUUCAACUGGCUGUUGUGCAAUGUCAUUCAGACCACUUCCCUCCAUGAUAUUCUGUGGCAUUUUGUGGCCUCUCUGACUCCUUUACCCUUUGAGCCCGAAGAAGAAGAGGAGGAGGACAGCAAAGGCAACAAAGAUAUUGUGGAACAGCAGGAGAAGGACCUAGGAGUGUGCGAACAUCCCCUCUCAGAUAUUGUUAUUGCUGGAGAAGCAGCUCACCCUCUUCCUCAUACCUUUCAUCGUCUGCUGCAAACAAUCUCUGAUCUGAUGAUGUCAUUGCCUAGUGGCAGCUCAUUACAACAAAUGGCCCUCAGGUGCUGGAGUCUGAAGUUUAAGCAGUCUGAUCACCAGUUCCUGCACCAAAGCAAUGUCUUUCACCACAUUAACAAUAUCUUGUCCAAAUCCGAUGAUGGAGACAGUGAAGAGAGCUUCAACAUCAGUGUACAAUCAGGAUACGAAGCCGUUAGUCAGGAAAUAUGUAUGGUGACCUGUUUGAAGGACCUGACCAAUGUAGUGGACAUGAAGACAUCUUCACGGCCUGCUAUGAUCGGUAGCCUGACAGAUGGUUCAACAGAGACUUUCUGGGAGUCAGGAGAUGAAGAUAAGAACAAGACCAAGAGCAUCACCAUAAACUGUGUCAAAGGCAUCACUGCAGCUUAUGUCUGUGUUCACAUAGACAAUUCUCGUGACAUUGGAAACAAGGUCACAUCAAUGGCAUUUUUGUGUGGGAAGACUGUUGAAGACCUCUGCAGAAUUAAGCAGAUGGACUUGGACUCACGUCACAUAGGGUGGGUUAGCAGUGAGCUUCCAGGAGGGGACCACCACGUGAUCAGGAUUGAGCUGAAGGGUCCUGAGAAUACACUUCGUGUGCGGCAGGUGAAGAUGCUUGGCUGGAAGGAUGGCGAGAGCAUCAAGAUAGCUGGGCAGAUCUCUUCCAGCAUAGCUCAGCAGAAGAACUGUGAAGCUGAGACCCUUCGCGUUUUCCGUCUCAUCACCUCACAGGUUUUUGGAAAGCUUAUAUGUGGAGAUUCUGAACCCACCCCAGAACAGGAGGAGAAAAACCUGCUUUCAUCUCCAGAGGGAGAGGAUAAGGCUCCAUCAGACGCAGACCUAAAGGAGCACAUGGUGGGUAUUAUUUUCAGUAGGAGUAAGCUGACCAACCUACAGAAACAGGUCUGUGCCCAUAUCGUACAGGCCAUCCGUAUGGAGGCAACACGUGUGCGAGAGGAGUGGGAGCAUGCCAUCUCAAGCAAGGAAAAUGCCAACUCACAGCCCAGUGAUGAUGAUGCAUCAUCAGAUGCAUACUGCUUUGAACUGUUGUCCAUGGUGCUAGCGUUAAGUGGUUCAAAUGUAGGCCGGCAGUACCUGGCCCAACAGCUCACCCUAUUGCAAGACCUCUUCUCAUUGUUGCACACUGCUUCACCCCGUGUGCAGAGACAGGUGACCUCCCUACUCAGGCGUGUUCUUCCAGAAGUAACACCUGUUCGUCUGGCUAGCAUCAUUGGUGUUAAGGCCUUGCCACCAGCCGACAUAAGUGAUAUCAUUCACUCCACAGAGAAGGGUGACUGGAACAAGUUUGGAAUUCUCGACAUGUUUCUUGGCUGCAUUGCCAAAGCUCUGACUGUACAACUCAAAGCCAAGGGUAGCACUGUUGUGGGUACAGCUGGAACAACUGCAGGGAAAGGCAUCACUACAGUCACCCUACCUAUGGUCUUCAACUCCAGCUAUACAUAUCGGAAAGGAGAGAGUCACUGGUGGAUGAAGGGAUCCACACCUCCACAGAUUGCUGAGAUUAUCAUUAAGCUGGUCAAAGACAUGGCUGCUGGGCAUCUCUCAGAUGCCUGGUCUAGAGUAACAAAGAAUGCCAUUGCAGAGGCCAUCAUUGCACUCACCAAGAUGGAGGAGGACCAACGCCUACCAGCGCGCUGCAUAGCCACAACCCGACUGUGGCUGGCCCUGGCGUCUCUGUGUGUGCUGGACCAGGACCAUGUUGAUAGAUUGUCCUCAGGUCGUUGGAUGGGCAAGGAUGGGCAGCAGAAGCAGAUGCCCAUGUGUGAUAACCAUGACGAUGGAGAGACUGCUGCCAUUAUCUUGUGUAAUAUGUGUGGCAACCUGUGCACUGACUGUGACCGCUUUCUCCACCUGCACCGCCGUACACGAUCUCAUCAGAGACAGGUGUUUAAGGAAGAAGAAGAAGCCAUUAAGGUGGACCUCCAUGAAGGCUGUGGGCGGACUAAACUUUUCUGGCUGAUGGCACUUGCAGACUCGAAAACCAUGAAGGCCAUGGUCGAAUUUAGAGAACACACAGGUAAACCUGCGUCCAGCUCUGAUGCGUGCCGAUUUUGUGGGACAAGGAAUGGUACAGAGCUUUCCUCAGUUGGCAGUGUGUGCUCCGACCUAGACUGUCAGGAGUAUGCUAAGAUGGCAUGCAGUAAGACACACCCGUGUGGUCACCCUUGCGGCGGUGUGAAGAACGAGGAGCUGUGCCUGCCUUGCCUGCAUGGCUGUGACAAAAGCACUAGCUGCUUGAAACAGGAUGCAGAUGACAUGUGCAUGAUCUGCUUCACUGAAGCACUCUCCGCUGCCCCUGCUGUUCAGCUUGACUGCAGUCAUGUGUUCCACCUCCAGUGCACCCGCAGAGUCUUGGAAAACCGAUGGCUUGGGCCAAGGAUAACAUUUGGUUUUAUGUCCUGUCCAAUUUGUAAGAACAAAAUUAAUCACUCAGUGAUCAAAGACCUGCUGGAUCCCAUUAAAGAACUGUAUGAGGAUGUGAGGCGCAAGGCUUUAAUGAGGCUAGAGUAUGAGGGACUCCAUAAGAGUGAAGCCAUAACCACACCAGGGGCCCGCUUUUAUGAUGACCCAGCCAGCUUUGCCAUGAACAGAUAUGCCUACUAUGUCUGUUACAAGUGCAAAAAGGCAUACUUUGGAGGGGAGGCGCGUUGUGAUGCUGAAGCAGGACAAGGAGAUGACUAUGACCCUAGCGAACUCAUCUGUGGAGCAUGCUCAGAUGUGUCAAGGGCACAGAUGUGCGCCAAACAUGGGACAGACUUCCUUGAGUACAAAUGUCGCUACUGCUGCUCUGUGGCAGUUUUCUUCUGCUUUGGGACCACACACUUUUGCAAUGCCUGUCAUGAUGAUUUUCAAAGGAUGACCAGUGUCCAAAAAGAGGAGUUGCCUCAUUGCCCUGCUGGCCCUAAAGGUAAACAGCUGGAGGGAAGUGAAUGUCCCUUGCAUGUGGUCCACCCACCAACUGGUGAGGAGUUUGCCUUGGGUUGUGGAGUAUGCAGAAAUGCACACACCUUCUAAGCCUGAGACCCUGUUUAAUGCCUUUGUUGAAUCCCUUGUCUGGAUUCUUGCUAACCACUUGAGCAUUGUGGUUGAGUUUAAGAAUAGGCCUAACAAGGAACAAAUAUGACCUGUUUGGGAAACAUGAGUCAGAGGGCCAGAAUGUGUUCAGGGAUUCAGAGGAUGACUGUGUGAGAAAAGAGAGAUGUAGACGCGUAAUUACCUUUGUGAAGUGUGUGCAUGUGGCUGUUGUAAUACAGGGCUCCCAUAAAAAUUGCACAUUCCCUGACCACUGAGCACGGAUUACUGAAAUGGCUCUCUGUCUUUUUAAAUGAACUGUAAAAAGGAGUCAGAAUAGAUGAGUGAAAAGAGAUGGGCCAGAAUCAUUAUGAUUUAAAAAAUAUUGUUUUAUGUAAACAGACUUUUUCAUAAUCCUGUACAGUAUUAUUCCGUGUUCAGUGCAUCAUGGUUUGACAGGACAAAAAGGUACAUUCUUGAAACCAAACAGGAAAAAAGGAAUGUUAAGUUUUGGUGUCUGAAUUAAUUACCUUGUAUAUAAUAAUAGUAUUGAUAAUGGGUGUAUUCCAAAGUUGCUACUCUAUACUUUUGUUCGAUAUUCUGAGAUGUUUUCAGCCAGACCUUUUCAUGACGUGCAAUAUUGGGUGUGCCUCCUCUUGCAGCUGUAGACAUAUGGAAUGUAUGUCUAUGAAAUCACAUGAUCUAUGAAGUACAUUUUUGUAUGGUAAAUAAAGCAGCAAGCCCAUUCCCACCUCUCAAAAAUAUUCUGUACACAGAAAGUGAUCCCAAUGUUUGCCAUCUUUGAAAGGUUUAUGUGAAAGCUUAAAGUAUUCUGAUAACAUUGUUUCGUUUUCUUUGUUGUUGUCUUUUUUGUGUUUUUGACAACAUAUAUGACUACAAGUAACUAUGCUGUUGAUUGCAGAUUGAUUGCUGGAAUUCAUGGGGAGUGUAGUAAUUACAUGAAUAUACAAUACUUUUCUGAGGAGGAGGCUACAAAAAUGCAGGGUCUUGGCAAGAUGUGUGAUAAACAGCUGCUCUCUAACUAAAUCAUUGUGAAUUUGCUCUGUAGUAACUGUGGUGGGUGGAGUUGAAUGGUAAUAAACGAGGGUUUCUGUUUCACCGUA